AUGGAGUACAUAUCUGUCAUCAAGGACGAUGUCGACUUAUCGAAAUCACACCGAUAUUUAAGAUUACCUCAUCCCCGUACAGGUCAACCGCAACUGUACUUGCCCAAUGGUGAGAGCUCGAUAUUGGAAGUGAUCAAAUUGAACGGAUCGCAGCGGAGAACAUGGUUUAUAGGUGAUGAUACCAUUGAUGCUGGAGACAUGUUGAUACAUUAUUCUAUCGAUCCGUUGUUUUUGGUGAUCCCAAUCAUAACAGCUCUAAGCGGUGGUAACAACGCUCAAUCAUUCCAACCUUUUUCCGACUUGGUAUCAACCGCAUCUUCCCUACCUCGAUUUUCCCUUCCUGAACCAUUCACUCAACCUGUCAAACUUGGUCAAUCGUCUAGUUCGUCAUCAGGAUUUAACAGGGAUAUAGAAAGUCUGCUGAAGUUGAAAUGCGUAAAGAGGGUAUUCAAAGCUUGUUGCGAAAAGAAAGUGACACCCACCAUCUCAUCUUCUCCAUCAUCCUCGACCUCAACUCCACAAAGAUAUUAUAGACCUUCCAUCCCUAUCGUGAUUAACCACUUGAAGAAGAAGAUCGAACAUUUCUCGCAACCUGAGCAAUUCGAGAAAUUCGAUCAUCUAGUAAGAGGGUUAGGGAGAGAUGGCCUGAUGGGUGAUGAAUUCCAAGACUUGAGAGCGUUGGCUAGGACUCAAGCUGCCAUCGAACAUCUGAGUCAAUAUCUACCAAAUCCUAUUACCCAGCAGCUAUCUGAAUCAUACGAUUUUACACCACUUUCAACCCACCUUAAAAAUCGCACAGCCGCUUCCAUAGCUGCAUCUCAAAUACCAUCCACAGCAUCAGGUAAAGAGAACGCUACCAAGGGGACUAAACGGAAAGCACCAGCUUCGUCCAAAGGUGUAGAAGCACUGAAGAAAGUCAAUACAAAUAAUAUGGCCAAGUUGACUAAUUUCUUCAAACCCAAAGAGGGGAAGAAGAAGUAG